AUGGCCGAUCUUCUGGAGCGAAUGUCAAAUCAACAGGGCCAGGGGAGCAGUACUGCGAACCUUGGACAUAAUCCGGAGCUGGUGCUGACGGAGCAAAAGCGAAUUCGCCGUUUUACCCAAGGCUUGAAUGUGGAGAUCCAGGAGGCACUAGCAGCUGCACAGUUGGACACGUUUAGCCAGGCACUAGAAAAAGCACAGCGGAUUGAAACUGCGAGGGGACAGGUUAAAGCCUUCCAUGACCGGAAAAGGAGGCAACCCAGCUCGAAUGAUUCCAUGGUUGGACAGAGUUCGCGAAACGAGCCACCUACUAAGACAAGCAAAGGCACAGAUGGUCCACGACCUGCAAGAACCCUGAAUAGCUUUGGACGAGUAUGUUGUGCAUCAAAUGACACCAUAACUCCAUCCCAACCACUCAAAGUGGGACAAACUCUAAUCUCUGCUAGGCAAAUCUUUGAAUUAGGCUUCUUCCGUCCUGGUAAUGCAAGUGAAUUGUAUGUUGGAAUCUGGUACAAGUUUGAUCCUGGCCGUAGAAUUGUUUGGGUUGCAAACAGAGAAAAUGCACUCUCGGCGCGUGACCUGGCUUCAAGGCUGAUAAUCAGCAGCGACGGGAAUCUAAAGCUUCUAGAUGGGAAGCAAAAUACUAUCUGGUCAACUAAUGCUUCCGCCCAUUCUAAUAGCACAAUUGCAGUGCUUAGAGAUGACGGUGAUUUCAUCCUUGAAGAUAAUGUUUCAGGGGCAACUCUAUGGGAAAGCUUUUAUUACCCUUCUGAUACAGUUUUACCAAACAUGACUGGAAUGAAAAACGUCUCAAUGUCCUGGGAAAAUGAGAAUGAUCCAGCACCUGGGAACUUUUUUAAUACACUUUCAGAUGAAAAACCACCACAAGCUUUCACAUGUAAUGGCACCAAACCAUACUGGAGAGGAGGGCCAUGGAACGGAUGGCAGUUCAUUGGAAUUCCAGAUGCGACUAAAGGGUACGCAAAUGGAAUGAGUCUGAUACCAAAUAAUCAAACGGGAGCUGCAUAUAUGACUUUCAGCACUUUCAACGAGUCCUAUAUUUACAUUAUGGUAAUUUUACCAACAGGUAUGUUGGAACUACUGCAAUGGGAAGGUCAACAAAAUCAAUGGAACCGGCUUUGGGCAGCACCUCAACAUCCAUGCGAUGUAUAUGGAACUUGUGGACCCUUCACUGCUUGUAGCAUGAGUGGAUCUCCAAUUUGCGAGUGCCUGAAAGGGUUCUAUCCGCAAUCUAAUGAGGAAUGGAGUAAGGGAAAUUGGACAAGUGGAUGUUUGCGGCGUACAGAGUUGAUGUGCACUACGAACAGUAGCAACUUAACAUAUAAAGCAUCGAAACCGGAUGGCUUCUGGAAGCUCAGUCAGAUGAAAUUACCAGAUCAUUAUCUGUAUUUGUAUGAUAAGACUGACCAAGGGGGGUGUAGCCAAUGGUGCCUGAGUAACUGCUCUUGUCUGGCUUAUGCAUAUCCAGAUGGUAUAGGGUGUAUGGUUUGGGUGACACAUCUUGUUGACAUUCAGCAAUUCUCAGACGGUGGGGAAGAUCUAUAUCUCCGCCUUGCUAAUUCAGAGCUAGGAGUAAAAAAGCGAUACACAGCAAUCAUCAUCAGCGUCCUAUCUAUAUCGGUUGGUUUACUUGUGGGCUUGUUGAUAUGUUGUAUUAAGAGAUGGAAAGCAAACAGAAGAGCACUUAGGCAUUCAGACACACAUAUACGUGAACAAAAAUCAGAGACAAGUAAAUGCCGCAUAAUGAAGGGCUUCAGGAUAAAGUGCAUGGUAAAGAGUCUCUUUGUGUCCGAGAGAAACGGCACUGUGAGAGAUAUUUCGCAAGAAGAUGUCCAGGAAGGUCCUGCAUCAGCAAAGGGGUCAUCCGAGCUUCCAAUUAUCAAUUUUAAUAGGGUAAAGAGAGCUACCAACAACUUCAGUGAAGCUGACAAGCUUGGUGAAGGAGGAUUCGGUGCAGUUUACAAGGGGAAAUUAGAAGAUGGACAGCUAAUAGCCGUGAAAAGGCUUUCAAGUCACUCAGGACAGGGCAUGGAGGAGUUCAAGAAUGAGGUUAUGUUGAUAUCUAAACUUCAGCACAGAAAUCUUGUAAGGCUGUUGGGUUGCUGCAUUCAAGGAGAAGAAAAGAUAGUCAUUCUUGAAUACAUGAAAAACAAAAGCUUGGACAAAUUCCUCUUUGACCGAACAAAAAGGUUGAAGCUAGAUUGGGCAAAACGGUUCAACAUACUUCAGGGCAUUGCCAGAGGGCUUCUAUAUCUCCAUCGAGAUUCUUGUUUGAGAAUCAUUCACAGAGAUUUGAAGGCCAGCAAUAUUCUCUUGGAUGAUGACAUGAACCCCAAAAUCUCAGACUUUGGGCUGGCACGAACUUUCCGAGUCACCCAAGAACUAGCUAACACUCUCAGAGUUGUGGGAACUUUCGGUUAUAUGUCUCCAGAAUAUGCCAUGGGAGGCCUCUUUUCAGAAAAAUCUGAUGUUUAUAGCUUCGGAGUUUUGCUGCUAGAGAUUAUCAGUAGCAAGAAGAACACUGGUUUUGGAUAUCAUGAAAAAUAUUUGAACCUUCUUGGCUAUGCGUGGCAAUUGUGGAACGAUUGUAAAGCUCCAGAAUUGCUGGAUCCAUCACUGGCGGAUUCUUGCACCCCAGCAGAAGUAAUAAGAUGCAUUCAAAUUGGACUUCUUUGUGUUCAAGACCAUGCUGCAGAUCGGCCUACAAUGUCAAAUGUGGUACUGAUGCUAAGCAGUUCUGAGAGUGAAAUGGAACUUCCUCAACCAAGACAACCAACAUUUACGUUUCAAAGCUUGCUAGAAUCUGAGCAUUUUCAAUCAGGGGUUUGCACGUUCAAUGUUUCCACAAAUGAAGUUAGUAUUUCAUUGGUUGAAGGUCGAUGA